AUCACGUGAUCGGCUGGGGCACUGCCGGCACCGCCCCGGGACCGCACGGGGACAUCCCGGGACGGCACCGGGACAGCACCGGGACACGGGGGGACACCGCGAGGGCUGUGCCAUGGGGCCGCAGGGCCGACACCGCCCCUGGCUGCUGAUACUGCCGCUGCUGCUGCCGCUGCCGCCCGUGCGCGCCGCCGCCGCCCGGCCCAACUUCGUGCUGGUGCUGGCGGACGACCUGGGCUUCGGGGACCUGGGCAGCUACGGGCACCCCUCGUCCGCCACGCCGCACCUGGACCGGCUGGCGGCCCGCGGGCUGCGCUUCACCGACUUCUACAGCAGCGCCAGCGUCUGCAGCCCGUCCCGGGCGGCGCUGCUGACCGGCCGGCUGCCGGUGCGCUCCGGGAUCUACCCGGGCGUGUUCGAGCCGGGCUCGCGGGGCGGGCUCCCGCUGGCCGAGCUCACGGUGGCCGAGCUGCUCAAGGGGCGCGGCUACGCCACGGCCAUGGUGGGCAAGUGGCACCUGGGCUUCGGGCAGAACGGCUCCUUCCUGCCCGUGCACCAGGGCUUCGAGCACUUCCUGGGAGUGCCCUACUCCCAUGACCAGGGUCCCUGCCAGAACCUGACGUGCUUUCCCCCCGACACCAAGUGCUUCGGGACGUGCGACCAGGGCGUGGUGGCGGUGCCGCUGCUCUGGAACCAGAGCAUCGUGCAGCAGCCGCUCUCCUUCCCCGAGCUGGGGCCGCUCUACCGCCGCUUCUGCCGCGAGUUCAUCGCCCGCUGCGCCCGGCAGCGCCAGCCCUUCCUGCUCUACUACGCGUCCCACCACACGCACUACCCGCAGUUUGCCAGCCGGGAGUUCGCGGGCACCACGCGCCGGGGACCCUUCGGGGACGCCCUGGCCGAGUUCGAUGGCUCCGUGGGACAGCUGCUGCAGGCCCUGCGGGACAACGGCCUGGAGAACGACACGCUGGUGUUCGUCACCUCUGACAACGGCCCCUCCACCCUGCGCAUGGCGCGCGGGGGCAGCGCCGGCCACCUCCGGUGUGGCAAGGGCACCACCUACGAGGGCGGCAUGAGGGAGCCGGCACUGGCAUACUGGCCGGGCAGGAUCGCGCCAGGGGUGACCCACGAGCUGGCCAGCACGCUGGACAUCCUGCCCACGCUGGGCGCCCUGGCUGGCGCUGCCCUGCCCAGGGUGGACCUGGACGGCUUCGACCUGAGCCCGCUGCUCUUCGGGGAGGGGAAGAGCCCCCGCCGGGCCGUGUUCUUCUUCCCGCCGGCCCCCGACCCCCUGCACGGCCCCUUCGCCGUCCGCCUGGGCAAGUACAAGGCGCACUACUACACCCAAGGUUCCUUCCACAGCGACACCACCCCGGACCAGGCGUGCCACGGGCUGACCCCGCUGACCCCGCACCUGCCCCCGCUGCUCUUCGACCUGGAGGCGGAUCCCGGCGAGAACUACGACCUGCUGCAGGGCCAGCCGGGCCCCGAGGCGCUGCAGGCGCUCAAGGACAUCACCCUGCAGAAGGUGCUGCUGGAGCAGCGCCUGCGCUUCGGGGACAGCCAGAUGAGGAAGGGCCGGGACCCCUCGCUGCAGCCCUGCUGCAACCCCGGCUGCAGCCCCAAACCCUCCUGCUGCCGCUGCUCCCCAGAGCUGGGACACCCCAAAGGCUCCUGGCCCCCUCCCCAGUAACCCAGCUCGGCCUCGGGGCUGCCCCACGGCCUGGGGACCCCUGGGGCUCGUGGGGAGCUGGGGUGGGACACGGAGACCCCAAACGAGCAGGGCCUCGUGCUCCAGGUGGGAUGUUCCAGGGGAGGCCUUGGGCAGGAUCCAGAUCCGUUCCAGGAUCCUGACCCGUUCCAGGGGAGGCCUUGGGCAGGAUCCAGACCCGUUCCAGAAUCCUGACCCAUUCCAGGGGAGGCUUUGGCAGGAUCCAGACCCGUUCCAGAAUCCUGACGCAUUCCCGGGGAGGCCUUGGGCAAGAUCCAGACUCCUUGCAGGAUCCAGACCCAUUCCAGGAUCCUGACCCAUUCCAGGAUCCUUCUCCAGACACUCCAGUGCCUUCCCCGGAGCCAGGACAGCUCCUGGGAGCCAGGAUCCCUCUGGAGCAGGGGGGAUGUCCCAGAUCCAGGGAUCCCAGCUGGUACUGAGGGCACAGGAGGAGCAGUGGGAUGGGUCCUGGUAGCCUCAGAGACACGAGCUGGGGACAGAGGGGACAGCCCUGGGUGGCAGCAGCAGCAGCUCGGGGUGGCACUUCCAGCACCUCACAGGACCCCGGGAUGGCAGCUCCAGCUGUCCCCAUUGCUGUCCCUCUCAAGGACUUUUCCCGGGACUGGCACACCUGAGGCUCUGCUGGGAACCUGGGCUGGAGAAGUUUCUCCCUCUCUCCAUCCUCCCCUCCCCUCCCUGGCUGUCCCUCCUCUCUCCCAAACCAGACCCAACCCCGCCCUUUUCCCCCAAAUUGUCCCAUCCUUGUUUUCCCAGGAGGCUGAACUGGGCAGAAAAUGUGGAUAAUGGGUGUGGGAUUUGGGGAAUAAUUUUUGGCAGGAGCUGGGAGUGGGGCAUGGCCAGGAGCCCCGGGCAGUGACACUGGCAGUGUGUCCCCUCUCACUUCCACACACAAGGGCAUUACUUCCAGGGUAAAGCGUGGUAGGGUGUUGUCACAGGAUUUCCAUGUAAAUCACUUUGUCUUGCACCUUCUCUAAUUAAUAUUGCUGCAAAUAAUUGUUUGAUUCCUUAUCUCAUGGCUGCGUGCAGUAAAUUGUUUUUAACCCCUCA